AUGGGCGACCAGGGCGAGGGUCGCCCCGUGUCGCACGGCGACCAGGGCGUGAGUCGGCCCAUGUCGGCGGGCGGGAGGCGGAAACCCCCCGCGGAAGGGGCCGGGGAGGUGUCGGAGCUGAUGGCGCGCUUCCAGCGGCACAAGCAGAGCAACAAGGACCCCUCAGGGCCGUCCUCCCCCCUCGCCACCCUCCGCGCCUCCCCCUCCAGCCCCUCCGCGCUCCCCCUCAACCGCUCCUCCAGCUGCGCCCUCCCCUCCUCCGCCACUGGGGGGGGCGCCAGCGCGUCCGCGCUCCCCUCUUCCCCCUCCUCCUCCGCCUCUUCCGCCUCCUCCACCCCUAAGCGGCGCUCCAGAGCUGCAGCAGCAGUGGCGGCUGCUGGUGGCGGCGCUUCUGGGGGGGCUGGAGCUGGGGCUGGGGAGGCAGGGGCGGAGCAGGUUUUGUUGCCAUCCCCAUCCGGUUCUCAGAGCACGGGGAAGGAGGAGCGCGCUCACAAGUCAAGUGGGAAGAAAUCCAAAGAGCAUAAGGAGGGAAAAGAGCAUAAGGAGGGGAGGGAGCAUAAGGAGCAUAAGGAGGGGAAGGAGCAUAAGGAACACAAGGAGGGAAAAGAGGGAAAGAAGUCCUCAAGAGUAGGUCCCGUUCUCUCUCUGCUCUGCACGCGUCUUCCAACCCAAUCCCUCUUCUCCAUGUCUUCUACUGAUUCUCUUCCCACCCUCCUGCUCCUAUACCAUGCCUCCCUGCCUGCCCCUUUGCCUACCUGCGCCAUUUUCCCUGCCCCCGUGCCCCCCUGCUGCCGUCCCCCUACCGCCCACAUCUUGCUCAAUGCUGCUUCUAAGGAGGCGUUGGAGGAGAUGCGGGUGGAGGUAGAAUCACUUCGAGCCGAGUUGGCCCGGUGGCAGGGCCGGUGCGAGGAGGGCGAGAGGACUUUUGAGUCAACCCAAAAGGCACUACGGGCCGAAGUGGCGGAGUGGCAGGGGAAGUGUGAGGAGGGGGAGAGGCAGCGAGGCGAGGAGCAGAGGCGCAGGGAAUCCGCUGAGGCGAGCCUUGAAGGAGCUGCUGCUGCAGGGGAGGCGGAAGGGGGUGUGGGAGGCGUGGGGGAGGAGGAGAGGAGUGAGGGGAGGGAGAGGGAGGCGAGUCUAGAGGUCCGAGUGAAGGAGCUUGAGGAGCAAGUGCGUGUUGCAGAGGCAGCACUGGUGGAGGCGAGUGAGCGGGCAGAGAGAGCCAUGAGGGAGAGGGAGGAGGGUGAAAGGAGGGCGCUUCAGAUGGAGCAGGAGCGGGGGGAGGCUGAGAGGGGGAGGCGAGAGGCGGAGGAGAGGGCUGCAGAAGCAGAGGCACGGGCGGUUGCAGCGGAGCAGAGGGUGGGUGAGUUGGAAACGAGGGUAGGUGAGAUGGAACAAAAGGUAGUUGAGUUGGAAGAGAAGGUGCGUGAAGCAAAGGGGACGGUGGGUGAGGAAGGCAGGAGGAGGGCUGAGUUGGAGCAGAGGGUGGGAGAAGCAGAAGGGAGAGCAGCCGCGGCGGAAUCGCAUGCGAGUGAGCUGGAGGGGAGGCUGGAGCAGGGGGUUGAGAAGGAGAAGAGCAGAGAUGAGAGGGAGAAGGCGAGGAGGGAGGGGGAGAGGGGCGAGUGGGAGGAGGAGAGGAGGGAGAUGGAGAGGAGGUGGGAGGAGGUGAUGCAGGAGGAGGUGGGGAGGAGAGAGGGGAGGAUCAGAGAGCUAGAGGCCCGGGUUGAGGCUCUCAUGUCAGGAUCUCAGCCGUCUUUUGAGACGUCUCAAAAGGUUCUAACAUCUGCAUCCGCUGCUCGUGCUGUCACCAGCCUGUCAGGUCCUGAGGGUGUGCUGGAGAAUUCUAUGAAGGAAGCUCUGUCAGGGUCUGAGGGGGCUGUUUGCAUGGCGGUACAGGAGGGGGAGGGGGAGGGCAAGGGUGGGGCGGCUGUAGCACAGGAAGAAUCAACGGCUGACGCUGUCCCGGCUGACUUGGGCUCUGCUGACGUGUCAGUCUCGCAGCUGCCUGCUGACGUGGCACUGCUGCAGCACAAGCUGGAGGUGGCGGUGGGCGAACUGAAGAGUUUGCGGGCGGCAAAGCGGGCGGCAGAUGCUGAGAUCAGCGAUCUGAGGCAGACUCGAGAGGACACGAUCAGGCGAGUGGUGGAGUUGGAGGGGGAGAAGCAAGGGCUGGAGCUAGAGCUAGAGGAGCUGGUAAACGAGUUGCUGAGGGAGCAGGAGAUAGCAGCGGAGGCGGGCAUGGUGGCGGAGCAGGAGUGGCAGCGCCGCCAGGAGGCCGUGAGAGCGCUCGUGCAGAUGGAGAGGCAGCUCAACAGCGCUGGUACUGCUGUCGCUGGCGCUGCUGGGGAGAGCGUCUUAACGGCAGCUGGUUACCAGGUUACGAAUGAGUUGGGUGGGCAUGCGGUUGUGUCUCCCCCUGGAGUGCCGGAUCCAACAGCAGCAGUGGCAGCAGGAGCAGCAGCAGGAGGGCCGUACCUCAGGAGAGGCCAAUCCGACGUGUCAGCGUUUCACAGGCGCAUUCCCAGCUCCUCCUCCUCCUCCUCAUUCAAGCUCCAGCAGCAGCAGCAGCAGCAGCAGCAGCAGCAGCAGCAGCAGCAGCAGCAGCAGCAGCAGCAGCAGCAGCAGCAGCAGCAGCAGCAGCAGCAGCAUCAAGGGGCGCUCGACCCCACCCUACUUGCGGACAACCCAGAGGAAUCAGACUUCCUGGGUACAAAGCUCCCCGAGAUCAAGCGCCGCCUGGAAGCGGCAGCCAUCUCGCCCGCCCCCACGCCCUCCUCCUGCCCCUCCCGCGCUCCCGGGCAGGUUGGGCAGGUUGGGAAGCCGGGGCACCGCAUAUCUCGGUCAGGGUCGUUCAGUGCUACGGCGGCUGCUGCGGUGGCAGCUGCGUUUGCAGGUACAGGGUCGCUGGCUGCUGCUAGAGCCAGGGCGGUGGGCGCCUCUCCUGCUGCCAGCCCUGGCGUGCUCCCUCCCGCUUCCAACCUUCCUCCCCCGCCUCCUCCUGCCGCUUCUGCUGCUGCUUCUUCUGCCGUUUCUGCUGCUGCGGCGGCGGCAGUUUCUGCUGUUGCUACUGUGGCUUCUGCUCCAGCUGCAGUUGCCCUCUCUCCUUCUGCCGGUGCCGGUCCAUCUGAAGCUACUACCUCAUCUGCUCCUGAUGCUUCACAGCCUGUCACCUCUGAUAUGCCCUCCACUGAAUCCUCUCUUUCCGCCACCUCUCACGCUUCCCUCUCUCGCCCCGCCCGCCCCUCUGGCCCGCGCCUUGUUGGGUUUGCCGACCUCUCUCCCUCUCUCUUUUCAACCGCCACUGCACAUUCCCCUGACACACACGCCACCACCACCGGUGAUGCUGCUGCUGCAGUCACCACGGAUAGCAGCACAGGCAGCACCACUACCACUGGUGUUAGCACUGCCAGCAGUGCCGCUACCGCCGCUGGUGCUGCUGGUGGCACUGCUGCCGCUAGUGGUAACCAGCAUGGGAAGCCAACAGGUGGCAAGUCAAUGCGCGCCGCCCUGCUAGAGCAGAUGGGGGCGAGCGAGCUGGCUGACGAGCUGGCUGCCGCCCGGGCAGCGGCUGCUGCCGCCACUGCGCAGGCCGCCCGGGCGGCAUUGGCUGGUUCUAGCAGUCCAGGCGGGGGAGCGCGUGGGGGGAGUGGGGGGAUGAGUGGCAUGCUGAGCUGGCUUACUGGUGGGCUGACCGGUCAGGCUGCUCCUUCUGCUGCUGCUGCCUCUGCCACUGCUGCAGCUGCUGCCGCUUCUGGUUCAGAGGUGAAGGAGGUACCGAGACAGCUAGGUGUUGUGGUUCGGAAGCCGUUUGGUAUAGUUCUGACGGGCGAGGAGAGGGCAGCAGAGGGAGGCGAACGGGCGAGUCCCAACGGCAGUUUCAGCAGCCCCAGGGGGGGUCGAGCCGGGGGCAGCGGAUUCAGCAGCCCAAGAAGCAGCGGCAAGACAGGGGCGGGUCCGAGCCCUUUGAGUCCCCGGCCUGGCAGGGACUCUCCGCAAGACAGACAGAGUAAGGCACAGCUGCAGGGACAAAAACACAGGCAGCAGGCGCAGCAGGGGCAGCACCAGGGGCAGCAUGAGCAACAGCAGCAGCAGGGGCAGUUAGGGCAGCAGCAGCAUGGGUGGCAGGAGGUGUGGCGGCACCAGGCAGCGUUCAUCCAUGUGUUGCUACAGCUGGCACAGCGGGCUGUGGAGCGCAGUGAAGACGCUGCUGCCGCCGCCGAGGCUGUUCUCUCUGCAACGGCACGAGCUGAGGCUGAGAUGCGCGAGUGGGAGGUGGAGCGGCAUCUCUCGUCUGUAUUCGGCGAGAUUCGGCUGUUUAUGCGGCAGCAGGGGGUGGAGCCGGUGAGGCGGCAGGGGGCGGGAGGGGGAGGGAAGGGCGUGGGGGGGGAGGGAGGUGGGACUGGGGGAGGUGGUAUGUCUACCACCACAGGGCACACGCCUAGAGACCUGGCGCAGGUUCGGGACGAUCUGAAGGUUUUGGUUGGGGCGGUGGAGGCUCGGGCACGGGCAGCUGCGGUGAAAGAGAUAGGGGUGGGGGGUGUGAAGGAACGGCCGAGCCUGGUCGUGGGUGCUGCUGGUGACAGUGCUGCCUCUGAUUCAGCUGCUGCUGCUGCUGCUGCUGCUGCUGGCCGUGCUGCUGCUGCUGGCGGUGGUGCUGGAGGUGCUGCUGGUGGUGGUGCUGGCGGUGGUGCUGGUGGUGAAAAGGAACCAGCUCAGAAGCGGGUUUCUGAGGCUAAGGCGGCGCACUCCCAUGUACCAGCUGCACCUGAAGCAGCAGCAGCCGCAGCAGCAGCAAAGUCCCCCAACCCGUCGAUCCCUACAGAAGCAGGCGCACCAGUCUCUGACUCCACCUCUGAGGCGCCUCAGGAAUCGGAACCAGGUGCAGCAGCUGGCCCUGGGAGCAAGUCAAGCAGUGAGAUUCGAGAGGAUGAAGGGUUAGAGGACGAAGACCCGUCCACCUUCCUCACAGUGCCACUUACUCCCAUGCGCUCGCCCAUCAUCCGAGUCACCCGCAGCUCCUCCCUCCUCUCCCCCUCCCCCUUCUCCUCCUUCUCCCACCCGUCUCCUUACUCCUCCCUCUCCAACUCCUCCCCCUACUCGUCUCUCACCCAAUCUUCCCCUUUUACCUCCAACCUGCCUCCAUUUGCUCGCUCCUCCUCCACCGCCGCUCCCUCCCACAAGCCUGCGCUCUCACACUCCUCCUCCCUCGCCUCCCCCGCCCCCAGCCUCUCCCCUGCUGCUCUUGCCCCUCACAAAGCCGGCGCCGCGGCAACUGGUGCUGCUGCAGAGAGGGAGGGGGAGGGGGAGGAGGGGAAGGAGGCGGAUGGGGUGACAGUAGUGGCUGCUCCGUUUGACCUGCCUGAGCUGGUGAUGGUGGAAGAGGGAGAGGGGGCAGGAGCGGUGGAGGGAGUGGGAAAGGAAGAGGGAGAACGAGAGGGUGAGGAGGGGGGGAUGGGAGACAGCAAGCUCAGGGCGGGGCAAAAGGAUGGAUCAACAACAGAGGCAGCAGGAGAAGCAGCAGGAGAAGCAGCAGCUGAAUCGGAAGGGGAAGUAACAGGAGAGGCAGCAUCGGCGGAAGAAAAGUCAGCAGGAGGGGCAGCGAGUGGGGUGGGUGCGGAGGGGAGCAAGGAGGUGAAGGCAGAGAGUGGUGUAGAGUCAAACGCUUCAGCAGCACAGCUUGGUCCAUCAAGCGUGGCCUUAUCAGAACGUGGGGAUGGGAGGGGAGCAGGGGAGGGAGGAGAGGCGGGAGGGGAGGGAGGAGGAGAGGGAGGAGAGGCGGGGUUGCUGGAGCAGGCUGUGGAAGAUGGCGAGCAGCGACUGAUGGAGGCACAGCAGGUAAGACUGUUUUUCUAG